GAGACCCCUGUCCCGUUCAUGCGGGGGCGGGGGGGGGGAAGCACUUGCUCGCUCCCAAGUCCUAGGAGGGCAGGGCCCACGGUAGGGCGGGCUCCAGCUUGUGCCUCUGGGCGAUUUUCACAAGCUCCCGAAACUGGCACCAGCCCUUCUGCCGGGUGCCGCCCCCGCGCCCUGCUAACCCUGGCCGGGACCCAGCGGCGCUGGAGACAAAGCGGAGCGCGGAGCUCAGAGCCGGAGCCAGGGGCAAAGUUAAGAAGCUGCUUUGACUACGAAGAGAGCGUGACUCAGUUUGCCUAAUUCUUUUUUAAACAGAAGAUGAUAAGUAAAAGUGAAUCCUAUACUUCAGGGCAGGAAUCUGUGAUCAACUCAACCUGGCUGAUUUACAUAUUAAAAGAAUGGAUUGGUCUGGACUACCACUAUCCAAACUAUAUGGGCUCCUUCUUGUGUGUGUCACUCACAAUAUUCUUUUUUCCUUAUUUACUCUGGUUUAUCAGUUGCAUCUUUUGUAAUAUUUUCCUUCACAUUUACAAGAGAAAGAACGGCCUAGAUGAUGAUUUUUCCAAUAAACUAUGGGACAAUGGAAGGCUAAUGGUGUCACGCAUAAUUAGUAUGUAUGGAAAGCUAUGGCACGGUUAUGAAGUUCAUGGCAUAGAAAAAAUACCAGAAGGACCGGGGCUUAUUGUUUAUUACCAUGGAGCCGCUUCUAUAGACUACCACUUCUUUGUCUGUAAUCUCUAUAUACAGAAGGGCAGAGUCUCCUAUUCAGUAGUUGAACGUCUCUUGUAUAUGAUACCAGGCCUACAACUAUAUUUUAAACUGCUUACUGCAGUGAAUGGGGGGAGAGAACAAUGUGUUGAAAUUCUGAAGAAAGGCAACUUACUGGGUGUUGCACCAGGAGGAGCUCGAGAAUCAUUCUUUAGUGAUGAAAACUACGGUGUCUUGUGGGGUAAUCGUAAAGGUUUUGCUCAAGUGGCCAUAGAUGCAAAAGUGCCCAUCAUCCCUUUGUUUACUCAGAAUAUUCGGGAAGGCUAUAGAACACUUGGAACAACAUGGUUUAUUAGGUGGUUGGAUGAACGUUUUCGAUUGCCAUUCGUUCCUCUAUAUGGAGGGUUCCCAGUCAAACUUCGCACAUAUAUUGGAGAUCCCAUUCCCUAUGAUCCAAAUAUAACAGCUACAGAACUAGUUGAAAAGACAAAGAUUGCCAUCGAAGCGCUAAGAGACAGACACCAAAAGCUACCAGGAAAUAUAUUAAGGGCUCUAUUGGAACGAUUUGAUAAACAUCAGAAAGAUGACUAGUGUGUUUACAUAUGUGUUUAAAAUGUACAUACCUUGUUGUAAAAGGUAUUAAAAGCUAUGUUACUGUACUUUAAACUUUUUUUUAAAAUUACAGUUUCUCCCAACAAGGGCUGUCUCUCUUAUGUCUCCAAUCAGCAAGUAGAAAUGGGCCAAAACUCAAAUUCUUAAAAGAUAAAAUUGCUUUACAAAGGAUUUUGAAAAAUUUAGGCUUGUGCUCCUUUUACUAGUUUAUGGUACAUGAAGAUGGCCUUAAUUUUCCACCCCACUCAGGCUUUGAUCUUGGUACCACUGAAGGCCAUGAACCUGAUCCAAAGCCCAUUUUAAGUCAAUGGGAAUAAGACUAGACAUUUAUUAUUGGCCUAGUCUGGUUUUGCUAGAGGACCCCUUGGGGUGUCUCAGAUAUUUCAAUUAAAGUGAGCCCACAAUUACUGACAAGAUGUUGUUUAAAACAUAACUUUUAAGGAGGUGCUUGCAAAAACAAAUGCUAAUCCAGAGUUUAACAGCCUAAGAAUUCUUUGACUGCUCAAUAGCACAGCUCCCACUGUGCUAGUUCUCCAGUCAUCACAGAUUCUUCCAGGGUGGACAACACCUAAAAUUUUCUAAUAUAAAAAAGAAAGAAGAAACCCAAACUCUGACAAGGAGAAAAACUCGUCAGGCCUUUCUUCAGAAAGAAUAAUAAUAAAAAAAAAAGCACAAACCUAUCUUUUCUCCUCUGCAGGUUACUUUUACAUUUUUGGGGUUUCACCAAGUUUAACAGUAAUUUGCUUGGCAUAGAUGCUCUGAUACAGAACAUCAUAUUAAUUCUUUCACAGCAGAAUUACUAACUUAUUCAGACAUUGUAAAAAGUUGAAGCACUGUCUAAUGUUUGAAUUGUUUAGAUUGUAAACAUAAGGAGUGAAAAUCCUGACCCCGCUUAGGGUGACCAGAUGUCCCGUUUUUAAAGGGACAGUCCCAUUUUUUGGGACUUUUUUUUAAAUAUAAGUGCCUAUUACCCCCACCUCCUGUCCUGUUUUUUCACAGUUGCUAUCUGGUCACCUUAACCCCACUAUACUCAAUAGUAAAAUUCCUUUGACUUUAAUUGGACCAAUGUUUUAGCCAAGAAUGUUAGAAAUGAACUCCCAGUUGGUAGCGUCAGAAAACUUCCCACUCAAAGAUGCAUUUUUUUCCUUUUAUUUCAUGCAAUUAUUGCGCUUAUAGUAUUUGCUCUUUAAUGACUCCAAAAGACUGAGCAAACAUUUAUCCUUUUGUGCUUUAAUCCUCUUGCAAUAGCCACUUGUCUACUAUUACAAGAGGAAAAUCAGAGGAAAAUUUGAUCUGAAGAAACAACUCCAGUUGGUCUUUUUGUACAGCAUCAUGGUCUCCUUAAUUUGGUAUUAAAGUGUGUAGUGUACAAAUGUUGGAAUUAUAUCUAUGUACAUAAAAACAAGUGCACUGAAGCAUUUAGAUUUCUUGUCUUCUUGAAAGCUCAAUUUUAAAAGUAAAGUAUAUUGAGUACAGAAAAGAAUCAAAACUAAAUGCCCUGUUGCUUCUCUCUACAUAUUCAUGUAUUUAGUAACUUAAAUCUAUAUUUUAAUUUGGUGUAUGAAAUCCUGGAAACAAAUAAAAUUGGAAGUUAUACUUCCCACUCACUUUU